AGCAUAUAUAUAUACUUACUCGCCGGAAAUAUACACUUAUAUAUAUAUUUACGUAAGGAAUUGCUUAUAAACGAUAGAGGAGGGUCGUGAAAGGUCUAGGAAUACUUCCCAAUAAAUUCCAGACCGAUUCGUAAUCACCGGAGCAUCCUAGAGCUCGCCGGAGUUGCAAGUCAUGGAAGCAGGUCUUCAGCAAAAGAGGAUAUUUUGCUAUAGAUAGGGGUGGCGGAGCUUCGUCUCGCCGUCAGGAUCAUUUUGCAAUUUGAAUCGUCGAAAUCCAUUACCUAUGAUUAUGAUUAUGAAGAUUGAUGUACUUGCUGCCCGAGUGUUCCGCUAGUUGCACACGUUUGAUUAAUUAUCGUUGUUUAAAUUUGUAAUUCAUAAACAUUGUCCUAAGACCCAUUUCAUUGUUAUUUGAACUUAUGGUGGAUAGCCUGUGCACUCAAUCAUGUAUAGGUUGAGUGUGGCGGUGACGCACCUGUUUUUCCCUUAAAGACUUCCGCUGUAUUCUAAAUAUGUUUAAUAAUAAAGAUGGUUUCAUUUAAAAAUGUGAUUUUAUUUGGGUGGGAAAAAUGGGGGUGUUACACAUACGGAUGGACAAUCCGAGCGGGCGAUACAGAUUUUGGAAGACAUGCUUAGGGCGUGUGCCUUGGAGUUCCAGGGGAGUUGGGACAAACAUUUGACACUAGUGGAGUUUGCCUAUAACAACAGUUAUCAGGCGAGUAUUGGCAUGCCUCCAUACGAGGCAUUGUAUGGGAGGAAAUGCAGGACGCCGUUGUGUUGGGACGAGGUUGGCGAGGCCAAGCUCGAAGGUAUAGAACUUGUCGAGAUCACCAAGGCUAAGGUGAAGGUUAUUCGAGAUAGAUUUAACGAUGCCCAAGAUCGGCAGAAGAGCUAUGCCGAUAAACGACGUAGACCGUUAGAAUUUGCAGUUGGUGAUGAGGUGUUUCUAAGGAUUUCUCCUUGGAAAGGUAUCAUCCGAUUCAUAUCGAGGGGUAAGUUUAACCCCCGAUACAUUGGUCCGUUUGAAAUCCUUGAAAGGAUUGGGGCCGUGGCUUACCGUCUCAAGUUAUCACCUGAACUUGAGAAGAUUCAUGAUGUUUUCCAUGUAUCGAUGCUCAAGAAGUAUGUACGAGAUCCGUCACAUAUUCUUGAGAGACCACCGGUAGAGAUUCGAGAGGACCUACAAUAUGCAGUGGAACUGGUGAAGAUAGUGGGCCAGAAGGUAACGAGGCUUAGGAACAAGGAGAUUCCUAUGGUGAAGGUGCUUUGGAGGAGUGAUCGAGUCAAAGAAGAAACCUGAGAGACUGAGGUCUCAAUGAGGGAGCAAUACCCGUUUCUUUUCGAUUAGACACGGGAUUUCGGGGACGAAAUCCCAAAUAAGGAGGGAGAACUUGUAACACCG